AUGGUGGUACAUAACAGAGACAAUGCAAGAAAACACUUGGACUUAUAUGCCAUUGACGAGCAGACAAAGGCAUGGUCUCUAAAGGAAGUAAGAAUAUUGCUUCUAACGAUAGUAAACCAAUUUACAUAUCAUACAGCGUAUAGGACGGAUUCAUUGCUACGAACAUUCUAGAACGGAAAUAAUUUUUUUUGCAUGGUUACUUUUCCAAAGCUUAACAAUUUUGUGGAGUCAAAAAUAGAAAUAAAAUCUUCUAUUGUCGUUGGCUUAACACCAUAUGGUUAACAAAUUUGCUAGGAAAAACCUCGAUGUUCAGUGUAAGCUACGAAUAUUCUUUGGUAGCUAAUUGGCGCACUUUAAAACAGUGAAAUAUAUCUCUUUGCCAGCUCCCCAAAUAGUGUUGAGAUGCACGCAAAUCUCCAAGCAAUUGCAAUACUAUUGCUUGGUUUUAAAUUUUAAGAAUUUAUUUCUUUGGCUAUAUAGCGUAUCGACUCGACUCUCUCUAUUCAUUUUUUUUAUAGGCCACAGUCUACAUGGAAAUAAAGAGUGAAAGUGCCAUCGUUCUGACUUGGUUGAUGCCGAAUGAUUGGAAAUGGCCCAUCGCUUCUCCUCUGAUGCAGGCAUUUGAUUGGAAAUGGAGACUUUGA